GUGACAUAAAUUUCUUAUAAAGCUUUCAGUAUAUUAAUUGUAAAAUUAAUGAAAAUAAGACUGAUUUCAUUGUAAAAAAAUAUUUUUAUAAUAAAUUUUUACUCCAAAAUGAGUUGAUAUUCGAUAAAAACUAACAAAAAAUUGAAAUAUAAAUAAUGAAGUGUUUUAUUUAAUAGUCACAACAAAAUGUCAUGCAAAAUUCCUGUUUUGAGUGAUUGUUGAUAGUUAAUGAAAAGAUUUCCUUUAAUUCAAAUUAAAUCCUAUAUUUAUUGAAAAAAUACACAAUGGUGGUUGUUAACACAAAUGAGCAUAGCAACCAAAACGAUGUAAUAUUUGUAAUUGAGGGAACAGCAGUUAAUGGAGCAUAUUUCAAUGAUUUGAAAACGAAUUAUUUAAUUCCUACAUUAGAACAUUUUAAUCAAGGAGCCAUUGAGGAUAGAGAAUAUGUCACCGAGAACAGUACUACGCGUUAUGGUAUUGUAAUUUAUCAUGCUGCUGAUUGUCUUCCCAGACCAUGUGUAGACACGUUUGGACCAUUUUCUAAUCCUCAUAAACUAUUAUUACGUCUAGAAAAUCUUGAAAUGGUUGGUGGCAGAGGAGAAUCACAUGCAAGUAUAGCUGAAGGUUUAGCAACAGCAUUAGUAUGUUUUGAAGAUCUUCAAGCAGAACGAGACCCUAAUACAAAAACACAGAAACACUGCAUAUUAGUUUGCAAUUCACCACCAUAUCAAAUUGCUGUGCGAGAAACUGAAAAAUAUGUAGGAUAUACAAUAGAAACUCUUCCAACGUUAUUUCAAAAACGGAGUAUUUUUCUUUCAAUUGUAUCGCCACGAAAAAUUCCGGAAUUUUUUAAAUUAUUUGAGUUAUCCGGUGGUGAUUUACAAACUUCCCAAACCAAAAAUUAUACUAAAGAUCCAAGAAAUUUAGUACUUCUCCAUAAUUAUAAUUUAAAAGAGCGUCCAGUUAGUCCAACUCAAAUUGGUGGAGCAGUUCAUUCAACAUCUACAAGUGCAGCUCAAAUACCUCUUAGCCCUCUUCAAAGUCACGAUAGUCCAAAUACAAAUCAAAAUACUCAAAGCAUUCCUCAACCUCAAACACAAAAUCCAGCCUUUAGGAAUCAAACUCCGAUGAAUAUACAAGUUAAUCAUCAAACAGUAACACCUUCAAUGUCUGUUCCAAUGAAUCCAGGACGUCCGGUCUUUAAUGCUCAAUUGUCAGGACCACCGAACUAUCAUCCAGGUGCUCGAGCACAACCUCAGCGAUGGCGAACGCCAUUUAUUCCUGGAUCUAAUGUUCAAUCAAAUAAUCAAGGAAGUGCAUUAUUAGCACAAUUAGCGCAGCCACCUUCUUUGGGGCUGAAUGUGGCAUUUAAUCAAAGAAUGGAUAAUAAUGGUAUGGCCGCUAAUACUCAACAACCUCAGCAGCAGCAACAACCACAAUUAACUCAGCAACAACAGCAGCAGCUAAGAAAUAUGCAGUUACAACAACAGCAACAGCAACAGCAACAGCAACAACAACAAUUGCAACAACAACAACAACAACAGCAGCAACAGCAGCAGCAACAACAACAACAAGUUACUAUUCAAGCUAUGCAAGCUCAACAGCCACCUCAAAACCAAAAUGUACCACCUCAGUUGACUGUUUCUAGUGUAAGUCAAACUGUGUCAACUCCUGUUCAACAAACAGUUACUGUUUCACAACCGACGGUUGCUGCACCAUCAGUUGCUCAACAAGUAGCACACAAUCUUCCUCAAGGAACUGUUGCACAAGCUGCUGUGCCGGGUCAACAGAUGGUUCAACCAUCUCGAGAACGUUCAACAAUAUGGCAAGGUAUUUUAGAGUGGUUGGAGAAAGCAAAAAAUCCAUCCGAUACACCAAAACAAACAAGACAAGUUCCUUGUCACGUGUCAGCCAAUACAAAAGAUGGAGAACCAGAAUUAAAGACAGACUCUUGGCCACAGAAAUUAUUAAUGCAAUUGAUGCCAAAACAAUUGAUUGGAAGUAUCGGUGGAAUUUAUUUAAAAAAUUCCAAAUCAGUAAUAUUUCAUCCUACACCUUGUGAAGCUCUUGAUUCGCUUACUAAAGUUAUGAGCACGGGAUUUGCUGGUUGUGUUCAUUUUACGUCAGGUUCAUCAAUUGCAGCUUGUGAUAUUAAAGUUUUAAUUCUUCUCUACACUGUAGAAAAGAGAGCAUAUCUUGGUUUUAUUCCGAAUGAUCAAGUAGCUUUUGUAGACCGUCUUAGAAAAGUAAUUCAACAUCAAAAGAGCACACAUGCUCUUAUGCGUCAAGGCCAAAUAUUUUCGCAGACUACUGGAGGACCACCCAACAGUAUCCCAGGAUCUAUACCCACAAGUGGAAUAUCUCAAGGAAAUAUGAUGAUGUCUCAAUCCAACUCUAUGUCAAUAGGAAGUGGUCAAAUGGCUUCAAAUGUUGUGUCAUCCAAUAAUCAGCAGCAAUCGUUAAAUAAUACCGUAACUCAAGGUCAAAUAAAUAUGCAAACUGGGGUAAUGCAAUCUCAACAAGUUAAUACUGCUACUGGCGGAAUGAUUGGACAACAGAGACCACAAUUCCCUGAUGAUUUAGAGAUGGCAAGACAUCAAAAUCUUAUGAAAAUUCACCAAUUGAGGCAAACUUUAGAGGCAGCGCAACAACAGGAAGCUCAAUAUAAAUCCCAACAAGAAGCAGCAUAUAAAUCUCAACUAGAAGUUAACAUUCAACAGAAUUUAGAUGUUGCUCAACAACAAGAGUUACAAUAUAAACAGCAAAUAGAAGCUCAACAAGCUCAAAGAGCAUUAAACCCGAACACUGGUAUUUCCGGACAACAACCAAAUGCUCAAAGAAUGAUGAGACCUGUAAUGGCAAAUAGUUCAGGUCUUCGGCAUCUUCUUCAACAGCAACAAUACAGACCACAACAAGUGUUAACAGGCAUACAGCAACAAAUGGUUGGUCAGAGAGGUCAAAUGCCUACAAGACCUACUAAUACUGGAAAUCCGUCAAAUCAACAAUUUGAUGAUGUUUCCAACUAUGAUUUCCUCGGUUAAAUAAGAUUUUUUUAUUAACUGAUACUUACAGAUGUAUGAAAUCAGUAUAAUGUUGAUAAUAAAUUAAUUGUAUUAAAUUAA